AGGAAGGAAAGAGUAGAGCAGGAAAGAAGGAAGAGCGAGCUGAAAUAGAGGACUGACGCUUACUGAGCUCACAGAGCCUGAGGAGAUACUACAGGUGGACCUGAAAACUGGAUAAAAAUCAAGUAAAACUAAUUGUAGAGUAAAGCUAUCAUCUGCCAGUCUGAGGAAUCUGCCCAUAUUUCACUGAGGAACGGAAUUUAUUUAACAAGUUAAGAGAAAAGUUUCUCUGCUGGAGGAAAAGAUUUUGAGAAAACAGAAAACCUUUUUUUACAUAAAUCUAAAAACUGCACCAUUACAUACCAGACAUGCUGAUGAACGGCAGGAUGAGUCUUCCCCGAAACGGUACCCUGGAGAAGCCAGCGUCCCUGCAGUCCCCAGCGGAGCGAGGAGAGCCCGAGUCACCUCACCCGCGCCUCCACCACACCGGCUCCAUCUCCUCCAGCACUCCAGCAAACGCGUCCAGCACCGGGGUCGUGGUUCCUCCUCCAUACUCCGUAGCAGGCAGCGUCGGGAACGAGUGUCCACUGGAGCUGAGAGGGUCUCUGGACUGUUGGGCCUGCUCCGUUCUGGUCACCGCGCAGAAUCUGAUCAUCGCCGCGCUCAAUGUCGGUCUGGCGGGAUUCAUCUUCGGCCUCAUCCUCCUGCCAUCGCUCGUCAUGGUUGUUUUUGGCUUCCUCUGCCAUUCAACGGUUCAGCGUCACGGUACUUCCCUUUACUGUUCAGAUCUGCUGGAUGAUGGAGGCUGUGUUGCUUUACUGGUGGUGGGCUUCCUGCUGCUGGCACCGCUCCUUGUUCUGGCUCUGGCAGCUUACUGCAGAAUGGCACGCCAUCUUCAGUUGGGCCUGUGCUUCAUUCCAUACAGCCGUGCCGUCUACAAAAACCUGCCAGCAUCACGUCACCGAGGGCUCAGUGGCUGCUGCGGCCAGCAGGGGGCGGGAGAGAGCGAGGGAAAGGGCAGCGUGUGGGUUUGAGCCAUGGUUUGAGGAGACUGAAAAACUUAACCUGGAGAAUUUAAUGUGAAUAUCCAUAGCAAAAAGUCACAUACAAAAAAGUAAAUAAUGGUAAAGAAGCAGUACAUGUGCUCAGUAUUUUAAGAUAUUUUUUUAUUUACAUAUUGUGCUAUUCAGUGUUUUGUUUUAUAAAUAUGCUUUUGUAAGGUUUUUUACUGAAUCAGCCUAAGAUGGUGAAAAAAUAA